AGAUAGGCAAGGAUUGGAAUUUGGCCAAACAAUCCUAUCCGUAAUAGAUUGGGCCCUCCUUGUAAGGGUAUCUGCUAACACAUUAGCAGCCCUUGGAAUAUACUGGAACUUACAAAACUCAAAGUAAGUAGAGAUGUGCCGGAUAUCCUCAAUAACCCCACGUAUUGAUAUGGCUGAUUCUUUAGAUGUGUAUUGCAAGUAAGAUAUCACCUCUCAGUUAUCACUCUCCACAAGAAGACGAUCUCCUCCCUCAGAAAGAGCUUCCAAGAGACCGUCCUUGAUCGCCAAAGCCUCCCCUACCUUUACAUCACAAAAAGAGGUCAAAUUGUUUACAAGAAAUUGAAGGAAAUGGCAGAUAAAUAUGUUGCAAAAGGUCUUGUUAGAUCAGAAGAGAGCAAGGAGAAAAUUGGAGGAGCAGAUGAUGUUUUUAUCGGGGACAUAAGGGAUGCAGAUAGUAUCAUUCCUGCUUUUCAAGGUAUUGAUGCUCUCAUCAUUCUUUCGAGUUCUGUGCCAAAGAUGAAACCUGGAUUUGAUCCAAGCAAAGGUGGAAGGCCUGAAUUCUAUUAUGAAGAUGGAGCAUACCCUGAACAGGUUGACUGGAUUGGGCAGAAGAAUCAAAUUGAUGCAGCUAAAUCUGUGGGAGUGAAGCAGAUUGUUUUGGUUGGGUCUAUGGGCGGAACUAAUCCUAAUCAUCCCUUGAACAGCUUGGGAAAUGGGAAAAUACUGAUUUGGAAGAGAAAGGCUGAAGAGUAUUUGGCUGAGUCUGGGGUACCAUAUGCAAUAAUCAGGCCUGGGGGCUUACAAGAUAAAGAAGGGGGCAUCCGGGAGUUGCUUGUGGGGAAGGAUGACGAGCUUCUUCAGACCGAGACAAAAAUGAUUCCUAGGGCUGAUGUUGCAGAAGUCUGCAUUCAGGCGUUGCAGUAUGAGGAGGCCAAGUUUAAGGCAUUUGAUUUGGCCACUAAGCCAGAGGGAGCUGGUACACCAGCAAAAGAUUUCAAGGCCCUCUUCUCUCAAAUUUCUACUCGUUUCUGAAGUCGAUCUGAUCCUCAGUUUCAGAGCUCUACUGUUGACCUCCUGCUAAUAAUACCAGCUACUAGUGAUUAAGCAAGUUUAGAGAAGAUAUUUUAUAUAUCUACAAUUUUCACCCUUAGAUAAGAGAAAGGAUAACAAUCACAAAAGUAUGCAGUUCAGGAUCAAACAAAUCUGACCAUUCUCAUUUGAACAAGAUGUAAUUUUUGACCGAAGGUGAUCAUAUACAUGAUACAACAGUACAAAGCAUAUUUAGUUGCU